CGACUCGACUUUUAUGAGAGGAUAGAGAGCAUCUGCCAUGAUCAUUGGCCACAAACCUGAGCGAGAAGAACAAACAAAAUGAGCCCUCUGCCUUGUCGCCUUUGGAUCCGCUUGCUUGUCAUGGUGGUGGUGGUGGUAUCUGCCUUAGCGCUGGAUUUGCAAUCGACGGAUCGCCGUUCCUUUCUCACUCAAAACGGCAUUGUUUCGGCUGGAGCAAUAAUGCUAACAUCAUUACCGGCACAUGCCGAGUCGUUGUCAGAGCGACUGGCGGCUCGUGAUCCUUCCAAGUUGACGAAUUCGCUAUUUAAUAAACCACCGGCUGCCAUGGUCUACCCCGACUUUAUGCGAAAUGCCGUUUGGGAUGUGCAAGCCCAAUUCGGGGGAUACCUGUUUCCGUCCACCAAGAUUCCCAAGGACCAACUGCUGGCCAAAGCGACGACGCCGGGAUUCCAAAAAUGCAGUAUUGCCGCCAUUAGCGAUAUCGGAAGAGAAGGCACGGUCCAAUAUGCCAUGCACAUUCUACCCAAUGGACUGGAAGAUCGUGCCUUUACACUCAAGCAGCAAAUUGAUGCCUACCUGGGAUAUCCUGCCGUUUCCGAGGUCCUCUACAAUGCCAAGGCCAAUCCCAAUCGCAUUUCCAUUGACUUUGUCGAUUACAAGACCAUCAAUGCCGAACGAAUUGAAUUAUUUUGCAAUGGACGAGAAUCUCAACUUCAACUACCACUGGACAACAAUAGCAAUGGACGAGAUGUCUUUGUGCACUCGGAAUAUAUUCGACAAGUCACUUUUGGAGGCGGCAGCGAGGUGGGGAUUCCACGGCAAGUCAGUAGCAAUUACGCACACUUUUGGACCUGGAGUCAACCGCACACUGGUAGUAGUGACGACAACAAUAAUACACCAGCUGUGCUCAAGGGAAACCUACUUACGGCAGCCUAUUUGGAUCCACAAGAUCCAAACUUUUUUGAAGAGCCCACCAAGCCAGUUGCCGUAUACAGUCAUGUACUAAAAGCUACGAAACGAGGCGAGGCGAAAAAUAACGCAUAAAAGUAGCCAAGCAACGAUCGACCAAAAACCUCAUGGCAUGGGCGUGACGAGGAUAAAUUCACACCUCUUUCUCAGAUACGAUCCUUUCUUUCGUACUACAUACAUACGUCGCCAAAGAGCAGGCUUUCUGCGGAUUGGAGAGACUGCUUACUGCGGGCUCUGGAAGCGACACAGAUUCGUCACACAUCCCUUGCGGGGCAGCUCUUCCUGACACAGGAGUGAUCCAUUCGUCACACCUCCCCUUGCGGGGCAGCUCUUCCGCUCUUCAUCCGUCAUCAACAACUAACUCCCAACCUGUCUACUAGUUCCAUACGGUACCUACCUAAAUAGUAGCACAAAAUAAGGGUUUCACUUCCACCAUGCUU